AUGAGGUGGCUUCGAACAAUUAUUCGAUAUUUUGUGCAACUUUUGUUGCACCCAAAACUAUUACUAAUUUCACCAUUACGUCUACUCGUUUUAUUAUUUUCAUGGGUUAUCCCAUAUCUUAUUGUAAGUUAAUUUGGGAAAUUACUUCAAAAUAAUUGUUCAAAAAACUAAUAAUAAUUGAUUUCAGUUUACAAAUUAUCUCGAAUCUUGCUUAUUACCACUCCGUGCUCUGUGCUAUACUCAAAGAGAUCUCUUAUCUACAAAACCUUUAGCUCCUGAUUUUGAUACAUGUAAGUUAUUAUUAUUAAAAAUUAUGAUCAAAACUUUAGGAGAAAAACGGGGAUGUUUUUGAGUUUUUAGAAAAAAAUGAAGCAAAAAUAAUUGUCUAUAUUUUUAAUGAAGUAGAAAACUAGUCGUAUAAAAAUGGAUAUAUUUGAGAAAUGAUAAUUCCAAAAAAAUGACAAAUUAGCGCUAUUUUUUAAUUUCAAGUUGGUGUGAUGAAAAUACUAAUUUGAAUACACUGAACUCGAAUUUGAAGUGAAAAAGUGUAGAAAAAUUAUACGGAUUUCAAUAUUUGUUUUUUAACAAAAGUUUUAAAAGAAAAUAAUUUUAAAACAUUUUGUUGCAGGUGUGAAAAAAUUCUUUCCAAACCGCGAAGCCGAUCCAUCAAAUUGUGAACUCGAUGUUGUUCCCGAUGUCCUCAUCCGUCCAACUCUUCCAGAUCAACCAACACGAAUACUAGUCAUUCGAUCAGGUCCAGGUUCUCUAGAUUAUCGAAAUUUCAUCAGAAGAACAUGGAAGAAACAUGUUGAACAAUUAUUGCCAGUUAUUUUUGUUUGUGCUACAUCUAGAAAUGAUACUUUGAGGCACGAAGCAGAACAAUAUAACGGUAAUAUAUUUGAAUUUGGAAAGUUUCUAGAAACUUUUUGAUUUUAGAUAUUCUUCAAUUCAAUUUCGAAGAUUCAUACCAUAAUUUAUCCUGGAAAAUGAUGGCGAUUUAUGGAUUUGUACUCGGACAACUCCCAACAAUUCAACAAAUUGUGGUUACAAAUGAUGAUACAAUUGUAAAUGUGACAGCUUUAGAACAAGUUUUGCAUAUGAGAGAUGGACCAGUGAUGUUAGGAAAAGUAUCAAGAGGAUAUCCCCGAAUAUUUUUACCGUGGUUGACUUGGCAUGUUCAUUCAGAUAUGUAUCCAAAUUUGUGUUAUCCAUUGUUUGUGCAGGUAACAGUUUUGGACAUUACAUAUAUAGAAAGUAUUGUUCCAGGGUUCAUCAUUUGUUUUAUCAAAAGAAGGCGCUAAACUUCUAGUCGAUAAUGUUUGCAAGGUUCCAAUGGUACAUUUGGAUGAUGUGUUUAUGGGUGAGCUUUUGAUUUGUGCUCCGAAAUAUUCUCAAAACAUUAAUAUUUAUUCAGGUGUACUUUCAAAUUGUGCAAAUCUACGUUUAAUACAUAACGAAGGUUUCGAUAAGCAUAUAUUUGAUGAUUUUGUAGUUUAUCAUUAUCAAUAUUCAAGGCAUUCUGCCAAUUAUUUAGAAUCUCUAUGGAAUUCAUCUCAUCUCAAAACCACCAAAUUAUAG